AUGGCGGGUCAGUUACCCGGGUAUUGGGGAGCUCUUGCUCUUUUUAUUGCGUUUGGCAUCUACCGCCUGCUUCAAAUUGGUCGACGUGAUCCGCGUAUGCCUAAAGGACCUCCAACGGUACCGAUCCUUGGAAACUUCCACCAAAUUCCAUCGAGUGGUCUAUAUGCUAAAUUCCGAGACUGGGCGAAGGAAUACGGCCCGGUGUUCUCACUCAAGUUUGGACCGAGCAACAUAAUUGUUCUAUGUGACCGGAAGGCCAUCCAUGCGUUGCUGAAUAAAAAAGGUGCUAUCUACUCUGAUCGUCCCGCCAGCUAUGUUGGGCGCCUUUUGACCCAAGGCGACCAUAUCGCUUUGGAACAAAUGGAUGACAUUUGGCGUGAGAAACGAAAAGUCAUUUCUCACAAUUUCUCUCCAAAGAAUUUGGAUGAGAAGCACUAUUUGGUACAAGAAGCAGAAGCAACAGUCUUACUAAAUGACCUGCUGAGUGCCCCCGACGGGUUCUUCAAUCAUGUGAGAAGAUACACUGCUUCGUCAGCUUCAGUACUUGCUUUCGGUCACCGUGGGGCUACGUUCGAUUCAUUUUGGGGUCAUGUCGUUUACGAUGUCAUGGACCGAUGGACUGAAGCAAUGGAAGCUGGCGCCAAUCCACCUGUCGACGAAUAUCCCAUUUUAAAGCUCAUUCCCAAGCAAUUCGCCUAUUGGAAACGACGCGCGAUCGCAGCUGGUGAAGUUUUUGAUUCAAUGUGGGGGGAAGCGCGUCGCAUUGUCGAUGAGCGUCGGGAUAAAGGAAACAAACGUGAAUGCAUCAUUGAUAACUUGCUCGAUGAAUACAACAAGAAAGGCUGGCCGAUGUCCCAACAUGCCUUCAACAACUUGGUCGGUGAAGUUGUCGAAGGCGCGGCGGAUACCACCGCUGCCCAAAUCCUCACGUUGAUUUUGGCGUUUGCAAAGUAUCCCCACGUUCAAGAGAAAGCCCGGCAAGAGAUCGACAGAGCUUGCCCUGCAGAUCGACCGCCAGCAUUUACUGACUUCAAAAGCCUCCCGUAUAUCAAUCAAAUUGUUAAAGAGGGGAUGAGAUGGCGACCAGUUGCCGUUACAGGGUUACCUCACCGUGUUCGUGAAGAUGACUGGUAUGAGGGCAUGUUCAUUCCAAAAGACUCUACACUCUUUAUCGCUACUUGGGCUAUCCACCACACCGAAGAAUUAUUUCCUGAUCAUGAUACCUUUGAUCCCGACCGCUACGUGGAUCACCCUAAGCUUGCAAAUGACUAUGCUGGAAGCCCAGAAUGGACGAGCCGUCGUCUUUGCCCAGGAGUGCACUUUGCGGAGCGUAACAUGUGGCGCAUCGCAGCCAAGCUACUAUGGGCCUAUGAAUUUUCUGAGCCAGUUGACACUGUGACUGGCAAGGUCAUUAGUCUGGACGUGAACGCAUACAACCCAGGUAUUUUGCAGGCACCACUUCCCUUCAAUGUUCGGAUCAAGGUCAGAAGUGAGAGGCAUGCUGCAACAAUAGAGAAAGAGUUGACUGGUGCAUUGGAUUUCCUGAAGCAAUGGGAGUAA